CACACACACACACACACACACAUAUACACCCACCCACAGGCUCAGACAUGCUCACACACACGUACUUUCAGUUGUGUCUGGAGUGUCCUGGAGCAGGAAAAUUUUCACUAGAUAUUUUUUACCAGAUGUUAUUAUAAUGGCUAAAAUCAACAGCACUCCACAGGAUUUAAUUAUCAUAUCUCAGGAAGCGAAAAAAUUUGCUUACUCUCCGUACAGCAAGUUCAGAGUAGGAGCAGCUCUACUCACACAUGAUGGAACAGUCUUUACUGGAUGUAAUGUAGAAAACGCUUGCCUCACUCUUGGUAUCUGUGCUGAAAAAGUUGCCAUCUCCAAAGCUGUGUCAGAGGGACAUAGAGAGUUCAAGGCCAUUGCUAUAGCCAGUGACAUGGUAGAUACUUUCAUCUCACCAUGUGGUGGCUGCAGACAGGUCAUGAGGGAGUUUGGCCUGCAAUGGGAAGUUUAUUUGUCAAAACCAGAUGGCUCUUUCAUAACGAAGACUGUAAAGGACCUCCUACCUGUCUCAUUUGGUCCUGAAGAUUUGCUGAAGUGAAAAUUGAUUCUCAUACAAACAGACAUUCGAUUAUUUGAUUGAACAAAUCUGAUGGUGUUUGAGAAUGAAAAUGUUGACUGUAUGAAAGCUUAUUGUGUAUCUUAUUAUAUUUAUAUGAUUGCUGUUCUGUGAAAUGUAUAAACCUCGAUGUGACUGUUCAGUAGGACUGAAAUAAAGGAAAUAUUAUUUAAGGGGCUUUAUUCACUGCUGAAUGAAAUAUAAAUUUUAUCCCACAUACUUUUAUUAUACUGUUGAAUUAUUUGUUUUGAUUGGUCAGAAGGUGUUAUUUCAUUUUCUAUAACAGCACUUCUGACAAUAAUUCCAGCUGGAGUUUGGAUCACAUGUUUACAUUAGUGUGCUCAUUCUAAUCUUAUCAUUUCUGUAGUAACAACUUGCUUAAAAAAAUAAAGAAAAAUAUAUAAUUGUUGACAUGUAAGGAGACUUUUUAUCCUUUGUGGAAGAGUCUCCAGUGUUAGUGCUUUGUAACAGUCAGUACGUUUUAAGCCAUGAGGCCUUUCUGUUUACUUGGUAACAAUUUUAACUGUUUAUUUUAUAAGCAGUAAGUAAUAAAACAAACUAACUUGUUAACUACGACUGUAUAAGCGGUUAUUAAAGCAUGUAUUGUUCAUUAAUAAACGAAAUUGUGAUUGUUGGCAACUUGCUGUGGUAUAAGAGGAAUAACACCUUGAUUUGGUUUUGGGUGGUAACACUAACUCUAUGAGGCCGCGAGUGUCAUACCACCCUUUUGUUGAUUAUUUUCCUAUUUUAUUCCUUAAUUCUUAUCCACUGAUCAGCCAUAACAUUAAAACCACUGACAGGUGAAGUGAAUAACAUUGAUUAUCUCACUGGCACCUGUCAAGGGGUGGGAUAUAUUAUUAAGCAGCAAGAGAACAGUCAGUUCUUGAAGUUGAUGUGUUGGAAGCAGGAAAAAUGGGCAAGCGUAAGGAUCUGAGCAACUAUGACAAGGGCCAAACUUUGAUCGCUGGAUGACUGGGUCUGAGCAUCUCCAAAAUGGCACAUCUUGUGGGGUGUUCCCGGUAUGUAGGGGUUAGUACCGAACAAAAGUGGUCCAAGGAAGGACAACUGGUGAACCGACAACAGGGUCAUGGGUGUCGAAGGCUCAUUGAUUCACAUAGGGCACAAAGGC